AUGCCAGCUUUCAGCUGGGACACCAAGCAGGAUCAUAAAAGGGAAAUCUCCCGCCAGGCAUGUGAGGCUCAGUGUCCACAGUGCCUGCAGUAUCUGAAUGACCCUGAACUGAAACACUUCAUAGGAGACCCCAAUGAUGCUCUGGAAGAACCAGAGAUGUUGGCUGAAACACUGUUGAAUGUUUACGAAGAGAGCGAGAAAGGUAUUGAGAGCGACGACUUUCUCCCACAACAUAAAAUAACCUGCUUCAGUGUUUAUGACAUAGUUGGCCAUCUGUGCCCCUUUGAUACAGGCCUAGUUGAGAAGAAUAUAGAACUCUAUUUCAGUGGUGUAGUAAAACCAGUCUUUGCAGAAGACGCAAGUUCAGAGGGUGGCAUCAAAGCCAAAGCACUUGGUCCUAUAAAUGCAUGGUGGAUUGUUGGUUAUGAUGGGGGAGAGAGAGCUUUUAUUGGAUUCACAACAGGUUUUGCCGACUAUAUUCUGAUGGAACCUAGUGAGGAAUACGCUCCCAUCUUUUCACUGAUGUAUGAGAAGAUGUACCUGAGUAAAACAGUUGUGGAAUUUUUACAGGCAAAUACUGAUGCCACUUAUGAAGACCUCAUCAAUGCAAUAGAAAAAUCAACACCACUUCCUGGGUUGAAUUUUAGCCGGUUCACGGAAGAUACCCUCAUUCGUCAUUCCCAAUUUAUAGUAGAUCAAGUACAAUCUUAUGAUGAGGCCCGAGACAUUGAUGAGGAGCCCAUCAUUGUUGCACCCUGCAUGAGAGAUGUGAUUAGCUUAGCUGGUGUUACCUUGGGACAAAGACGAGCUGCAAGGCAGCAAGCCAUCAAGCACACUACCAAAGUGAACAAGACGCAAGCCCUAACCAAAGCCACCACCACCAAGCUCGUCUAUCAGAUCUUUGAUACUGUGUUCUCAGAGGAAAUAGACAAAAAUGGAAAAGACAAUGGAAAAGACAGGAAUGGAAAAGAUGAGGCAGACACUGCGGUGAAGCGUAGGCGCUGUGGUAUCUGUGAGGUUUGCCAACAGGCUGAGUGUGGAACGUGUGAGGCCUGCAAGGAUAUGGUUAAAUUUGGUGGCAGUGGGCGCAGCAAGCAGGCUUGCCUACGGAGAAGGUGCCCAAAUCUAGCUGUGAAGGAGGCAAAAGAGGAUGAAGAACUUAAUGAGGAUAUUCCUAACACAGUAUCACCCAAGAAAAUGCUCCAACAGAAGAAAAAAAAACGGAACAAGACUAAGAUCUCCUGGAUUGGCGCUCCAAUCAAGGAGGGAGCGAGAAAUUACUAUGAGAUGGUGUCCAUUAACUCUGAAAAACUAAAAGUAGGUGAUUGUAUAUCCAUCAGUCCUGAUGACCCCUCCCAACCACUAUGGUUAGCUAGAAUUGCUUCGUUAUGGGAAGACAGCAGUGGACAGAUGUUUCAUGCUCACUGGUUCUGUACUGGGGUAGAUACUAUCCUUGGGGAAGCAUCAGACCCUCUGGAGCUCUUCUUGGUAGAUGAGUGUGAAGAUAUGCAGCUCUCCUAUAUCCAUGGCAAAGUGAAUGUUAUUUAUAAAGCACCUUCAGAAAACUGGUCCAUGGAGGGGGGGUCAAAUAUAGAGCUCAAAGUGAUUGAAGAUAACAGGAGAAACUAUUUCUACCAGUUGUGGUAUGAUCCAGACUGUGCAAGGUUUGAGACUCCUCCAAAGGUCGAACCUCCAAAGGAAAACAAAUACAGGUUCUGCACAAGCUGUGCCCAUCAGUCUGAAAUGAAGGAAAAGGAAAUCUCCAGAGUCUCAGAGCCCCUAGAAGAAGUUGAUGACAAAAUAUUCUAUAGCCUGGCAAUGAAAAAUGGUGUACAGUACAGGAAAGGAGAUGGAGUUUUCUUAUUGCCUGAGGCUUUUGAGUUCUUCAAGGCUCCAACUGUAACCAAGAAGUUGAAAGAAGCAGUGAAUGAGGACCAAUACCCAGAAUACUACCGAAAAAAAUCGGAUUAUAUUAAAGGCAGCAACCAGAAUGCCCCUGAGCCAUAUCGCAUUGGCCAAAUCAAAGAAAUUUUCUGUCACAAACAAAGUAAAAGAACAGAUAUCAAACUCAGAAUUAACAAAUUUUACAGACCAGAGAAUAUCCAUGAAUGUAGGAUGAACAAGUUUUGGGAGGAUAUCAACCUAUUAUACUGGAGUGAUGAAGAAGUUGUUGUGAAUUUUAAAGACGUGCAAGGCCGCUGUGUUGUGAAGUAUUUGGAAACGAUGACAGAACCUACUGAGAAAUACUCUCUUGGUGACCCGGAACACUUUUAUUUCCAAGAGGCCUAUACUGCAAAAAGUAAAAGUUUUGAAGAAGUUCCAAGUUAUGCCCGUGGUGAUAAGGACAAAGGAAAAGGCAAAGGUAAAGGCAAAAGCAAGGGAAAAUCUGUAGCAGUGGAGCCAAGUGAGCAGGAAACAACAGAAAUAAAGCUGCCCAAGCUUCGCACCAUGGAUGUGUUCUCUGGCUGUGGAGGAUUGUCUGAAGGCUUUCACCAAGCAGGAGUAUUUGAAACACUGUGGGCCAUUGAAAUGUGGGAGCCUGCCGCCCAGGCAUUCUGUCUGAAUAAUCCUGGGACCACUGUCUUCACAGAAGAUUGUAAUGUUCUCCUGAAGAUGGUUAUGUCUGGGGAGAAGACCAACUCCCUGGGCCAGAAGCUGCCUCAGAAAGGAGAUGUAGAAAUGUUGUGUGGUGGCCCACCCUGCCAAGGGUUUAGUGGCAUGAAUCGCUUCAACUCACGCACUUAUUCCAAGUUCAAGAACUCCCUAGUUGUCUCCUUCCUCAGCUACUGUGAUUACUACAGACCUAGGUUUUUCCUACUAGAGAAUGUAAGAAACUUUGUGUCAUUCAGACGUUCCAUGGUCCUGAAGCUGACCCUCCGAUGUCUGAUUCGAAUGGGAUACCAGUGUACAUUUGGUGUAUUACAGGCUGGCCAGUAUGGCAUUGCUCAGACGAGAAGAAGGGCCAUCAUCCUAGCUGCAGCCCCAGGCGAGAAACUCCCCAAGUUUCCAGAACCCCUGCAUGUUUUCACAACCAGAGCCUGCCAGCUCGCUGCAGUGGUGGAUGGCAAGAGAUUUGUCAGCAACAUAAAGAGGCUGAAUGCUGCUCCAUUUCGAACGAUGACUGUCUUUGACACAAUGUCGGACCUUCCAAAUAUCAAGAAUGGUGCCUCAGAAGAAGAGAUUCCUUACAAGGGGGAGCCCAAAUGUUGGUUCCAGAGACAGUUAAGGGGCUCAAAAGAUCAACAUAUCCUCAGGGACCAUGUCUGUAAGGAAAUGAAUGCUUUGGUGAGUGCUCGAAUAAAACUGAUUCCUCUGACCCCAGGGUCAGACUGGCGAGACCUUCCUAACAUCCAGGUACACAUCUCAGAUGGCUCUGUGACCAAGAAACUCCGCUAUAAUCAUAAUGAUAAGAAGAAUGGACGUAGCAGUACUGGAGCCUUUAGAGGGGUCUGCGCCUGUGCGAAAGGUAAACCUUGUGAUCCUGCAGAUAGACAGUUCAACACCUUGAUUCCAUGGUGCCUGCCCCACACUGGGAACAGGCACAACCAUUGGGCUGGGCUCUAUGGAAGGUUGGAAUGGGAUGGCUUCUUCAGCACUAUGCUUACUGAUCCUGAACCCAUGGGCAAUCAGGGUCGAGUACUUCACCCAGAACAGCACCGAGUCGUGAGCGUACGGGAGUGUGCUCGGUCCCAGGGAUUCCCAGAUACCUACAGAUUGGUUGGCAGUACUUUAGAUAAACACAGACAGGUGGGUAAUGCAGUGCCUCCACCCCUUGCCAAAGCCAUAGGCCUGGAGAUCAAGCUCUGUGUGUUGGCCAAACUGAAAGAGAAUGCCGCAGGUAGGUGUCAAUGUGGCUAGAGGACUUUCUGGUGUGUGAAAUGGAUUGUGUGCAACUAUAUUAUAGGGGUAGUAUGUGGUAGCUCAGCUCUCCCCUUUUCCUCUCCUCAUUGGUCACUGAGUCUAAGCAGACUA